AACGCCACACUCAUCAGCCCUGUGGCCCAAAGCAAAAGCAUCUCACAUUCCAGUUUCACAGAAAACCAAAAGCAUAGCAACAUCGAAACGCGCGAAACACAGGAUGAAGGUUCAAAUCAAAGUUCCCAAGUUUAUGAAGCCCAAGGCACAAGAGCCAAAAAGGGGCAAGGCGACGGUCGACGGCAAGUUCUUCAGCGCCAUUCCCCGAUGGGAAAGUGAAGUUUCGGAAUCUUCAACAGCAGAUGAAACACUACGGGAUGAUAGCUGGAUGUCCUCUGAUGAACCUGGUCACCACAGGCAUUCUCCUCUGGUGGCCCAACAAGUGCUGGUAGCUCAACAAGAAAAGGGCGUGAAGAUAAUUCCAGAGACCCGAGAAGAUGAAAUUCGCAAUCUUAAUAUUGCAAUGGCCAGAGCCAAGGAAUUGCCCAGAACUAGCUACUUCACCAGCAACCACGUCAUGGUAAACCGUGUCCGAGAAAAGCGAAAUGUGCCUCCUCUGGGCCGAUCUCCUGAGCUUGACGAAGUGGCCAGAUGGCACGCACAGCAAAUGGCUGAAGCAGCAGAGGGCAUGUUCCAUGCAGACCCCACCGAAAUUGUAUCACGUCUUGGCAAGCCCAGCCGGAGAAUAGGAUCCAAUGUUGCCGUGGGAGAGUCAGUUCGACAUAUGCAUGCCAAAAUGAUGGAAAAGAGAGGAGACUUCAACAAUUUGAUCGACCGGCGGUACAUCCAGUUUGGCAUGGGAACUGCACCAGGGCCAAACGGAGAUCUUUAUAUGUGCCAGAUCUACAGAGGAUAACAGAUAAUUGUUGAUAGGAAAUAGCUUCAAAAUAAUAUGGUAUGUUGUGGCCUGUAGGGAUAUUAUUGUGGUUCCGGUUCCUGUGCUUCCUUGGCUUCAGUGCGACAGCUACAUCCAGUUCGUCAAGGGAAACGCAGCAGGGCCCAAUAGAGAACUUUAUGUGCCAGAAGGCAGUUGUCGUUAGGGCGGAUGUGAUUAUGGUUCCCAUUGCUUUGUUUGCUUCAAAAAGGAGACUUCAAUAACCAUUUGAUCCACCCACAGUACGUCCAGUUUGGCAUGGGACUGCACCAGGGCCAAUGGAGAACUUUGCAUGUGCCACUAUUUUAGGGUAACAGAUAAUUGUUGAUAGGAUUAGCUUCAAAAUAAUAUGGGUGG